AUGUCAUCGUGCUCGUGCAUGCCAAAUGGGCUGUCAGUUGUGAUUGGGGAGUAACAAGUGGAUUCAACAGCGACACUUUUCCCUGCACCGAGCUGCGCUCUUACAUCUCUCGACUAUUGCGCUGUCUGAAUAAACCUGAGCAUCAUCAUGGACUCCGAUACCAGCCGAGUGUCUAGCCGACCUUCCUCCCCCGAAGUGCACGAUAUGUUUCUGCAUGCGAUGAAGAAGCAUAUGGUAGGCUUCUCCGGUACUGUCUCGUCCACACAGAGCGACUCUCCACCGGAGAUACCCGCGGACAUGCGGAGCCUCUCCGACGAUGAUGAUGAUAUCACUCUGAAAAUGCUGUCAAAGAAGGACCGUAAACUGCUAUCGGAGAACGAGCUGCAGGGGAUGCGACUGAAAAUCAACAGCCGGGAGCGGAAGAGGAUGCACGACCUCAACAUCGCCAUGGACGGUCUCCGGGAGGUUAUGCCUUACGCGCACGGGCCUUCGGUGCGCAAGCUUUCCAAAAUCGCCACUCUCCUCCUGGCGAGAAACUACAUCUUGAUGCUGAGCAACUCGCUUGAGGAGAUGAAGAGACUGGUCAGUGAGAUCUAUGGCAGCGGACACCACAGCAGCUUCCACCCCUCCGCCUGUGGGACCAUGGCGCACACUGGGCCACUGCCCGGCCAUCCGACUGUUUCCCACGCCUCCCACCCGGUGCACCACCCACUUCUUCCCCCUGCGGUCUCCACCGCAGCCUCUCUCUCAGCAACGGGUCUUACCUCGAUCAGACCCCACCAUGGACUCCUGAAGGCGCCCUCGGCCGGUCCGGGCCCCCUGGGCAGCAGUUUCCAUCACUGGGGCGCAGGGAUGCCCUGUCCGUGCAGCAUGUGCCAGGUGCCACCUCCACAUGUGUCCGGCAUGAGCGCUGUCACCAUGUCCAGGCUGACGAGUGACUCCAAAUGACUUGGAACACGUAUCAUAGAACGAGAGCAGGAGAAAAGUGAACAUAACUUUCGGCUGUAGACGUCACCCUGCAUCUUAGUCCAUAUAAACACCUUUUUUAAUGUUAUUUAUCUGUUGCUGAAAUUAGCUUUGGAUUGAGCCAGCAGAAAUUCCCUACUUUCUAAAAACUGGAAGAGCGCUACUAACAUAGCAUUUUGUAACAGUAUAUAGCGUAAUUAAUAAAAGGUGCUUUAAUUAAAGACCCAUUUUAAUAUUCAGUAAUGGCCAUCAAUUCACUGGUUGCAAACCUUUCUUACAUUGUGGCUGCCAGGAAUACACACAAUUCACAUGGAAUUACUGAUGGCUUUUUUUAAUGUUCUUGAUCAUUAUUGAACUUUAAGACUAGCCCAUCCCGAGACCGAAUAAACUAAAAGACACUAUUUAGAUUUAGCAAACUGGAUGAGAGCACAAUGGUAAUGUAGAUUGUAAAUAUGUAGAUUCAGAAUUCUGUUUAUAUAGUACGAGAGAUUUUAUAUCAAGCCCUUUUGGUUCAUGUUUGGAUUGACCCCGUUGUUAGCAUGUCUGCUUUCAGCCACGUAGAGCUGGUACCAUGUUGCACCUGCCUCUUGUAUAAUAUGUCCCUUCAGUGUUCUCUCUUCGACGUCACUGCCGAGCCGAGAUGGCUGUUUUCUUGUGUAUGGUUGUAUUUCCAUUGUGUGUUGCCACGCAUGCCAGUCACCGCACGACACCAAGAACGAUCGCUUCUUUAUGUUUUAUAUAUAUAUAAAAAUAAAAAAAAGUGCUAAAUGAUAUUUAUUUACUUAUUUUCAAUGGGAUUUCAAAUGAAUCAAUGACGAUGAUUAUUUUGGUGAUUUUAAAUGUAAAAUAAAACAAGUUUAAU